AUGUCCCGCCAUCCUUCCCCUGCCCCGUCCAACCCCGCUGCACAGCCCUUGUCCGCUCUUAGACAGAAACAAAAGCCCUUUGCUGUUGGCUCUGCUGCAGGCGCCGACGAUGUAAUCUAUCAGGCAAAAUACAAGGAGCUCAAACGAAAAGUAAAAGACAUCGAAUCAGAUAAUGACAAACUCCACAUCAAAGUCAUGAAUGCUCGAGUGAGCAUUCAGAGAAUGAAAAUGGAACGAGCGUGGGUUUCGCCUUCGACUUUUCUCUCUUCGUUUUUUUUCAACCUUCAUCACAGUAUUUUGUAUGAACGUCUUUCUAUCGUUCCACCCUUCCCAGCCGUCCAGGAACGUGGAGCACAGUCCCACUUGGCACAAAGCUUGCCCCCACCCCGUCCUGUCUCGGCCACUCAUCACCGCCAUGACAGUCGUGAUCAUCCUUCUAUGGAAACCGAUCAACCACUCAAAGACUAUAUUCGCUCUUCGGGUGACAGAGUCAACACUGGAACAGAUGGCCGCCUUGGGCCCGUAACAGAUUUACAUGCUGGCCCCGGGAUGGCACUGUCACACAUGUCAGCGGUUCAUUCUCCUAGGCGUUCCUCCGCAGGGCACGAUGGUAGCCGUCACCACCUUCCACAGAUGGGACAGUUGCCACCAGCGCAACGAUACGAAAGCAGUCGUGCCCAUUCGCAUUCGCAUUCCAAUUCCCAUGCCAGUCCUCCUUUGCACCACCCUCACGCAAGCUCGUCUCAUUCGCGCACCCGAUCACAUUCUUCUUCCCGGUCUCGUUCCCACCAGCUACCCGCGCAAUCUUAUCAUGGGGGGUCCAGCCACCCUACCCAGUACCCCGAAAGCUUAAUACCGGCUCAACAAGUUUUGCAUAGCCCCGCCUCCAUCGAGAGAGAGAGAUCAAGACGUCAUGAUUUUAACGACCUCUCCGCUUCCCAUGAUGAUCCUCGUCAUGUCCAUCAUCAAGCACCACUGGCACAAAUGUCGCCCCGUUCCGACAUCAGGUCAUCUAGUUACAUUCAACCUCAACACCGCGUGGGGCAUGCUACCUUCAUUAACAGCAGCAGGGACGAUCUUCAAGAACGGCACCGCGAUCUGGAGAGAGAUCGUGAAUGGGAACGUGAGCGCGAACGGGACCGUCACGACUCAGGUCGUGGCAGAGAAAUUGAUACACACUCGGCAUCCCGGUCCCGACAAUUGAUUGACAGAACAGACUAUAAGGUGUCCUCACGCAGCCGCGAAGAACAAGCAUACUAUGCCGAUGGCCCGCUUCCCACUGGGUACACUCACCCCUCCCGUUCUGGGUCACCUGGUUCGGAUUCAGCCUCUGGUUCUGCAGUUGGCGCAGGCGAAGAUCCACCCCGCUCAGAUUCACGCAGCCAAUUCUAUGAACGCGAUCAUUCACGGUCUUCUUCAUAUAGACUUCGUCCGGUCACGAACGAAGAUAUAGAUUUUGUGCAUGAAGACGGAAGAUCUUACUCUCGCGACCAUCGGACUGGCGGUGGUAUGGGUGGCGGCAGUGGCAAUUUCGCGCUGGCAGAACAGAGCCGCACUCUAAUGGAUGGUAGGAAGAGAAGCCGGAACGACAUGGAUGUCGUCAGUGACAAUGACGCAGAAGGACCUCACGGAGAUUCUCUGUAUUCUACUGGGAGGUUACAAGAGGAUAGGGGUUCAGUGAAACGACAUCAUCGAGAACGUCAUCAUCAACACCGGAGUGAUGACAAUCAUGAAGAUAACCGGAUGACCUCGUAA